GCCAUUGGUUUUUUCGCGCCCAGUACGAGCCCUGCAUACAAAGGGUCAAUUUUCCUGCAAAGUUAAACUUUGUUGUGUUGGUUCCAUCAAACUUCUUCGUCAAAGGCUUGCAAGGACCCCGCUGAGCAUGCCACGAUUCAAUGUCUCUAUUUGUUGGUCAGGAUCAGCGGUGACCUGAUUGGCUGCCCUGGCGUGUGUUACCGCUGUAUCGGCGCUUAACUUUUAAAAACACCAAUGAGAUAUUCCACAAGGAAUUGAUAAUGUACAGCUGCCAACAAUUGAUCAACCAACAGCUGCAGUGACCAGCUGAUUUGGAAUUCUCAGCUAAAUUAAGACUCAAAUGCAGCUGAAAAGUAACCUGUCAAGUUCACUGCCGUAGCCACGAUGUUGGAAGAUAUUAAUAUGUUGUCAUUUAUAAUCAUUAAUAGCAUCGAGCCAAGUCCAUGUCAGAACUCAAUUCGAGCCUAGAUAUUAAAGCCAUAAAUAGCCAAACGCUCGGAUUAGUCGCCGCUAAUUUUGGCAUGCCGGAAAUACUUCAUACCAACCCAAGCUACUACAACCCAUACCCAAGCCAUAACGCCUGUCAGGAUGAUCAACGCUGGAUAGUACCCCACGAUUGGUAAAGUAUCAUCGUCCUCGAACUCUGGCGGCGCAUAUGGCGUCUUUCCCACGUCCCAUGCCCAGCUCCAGAGAUCAAGACAUGAUCCCAUUCCUACAACGAACACAAACCAUGUUACGCAGAGGACAACCCAUCCCCACCAUUCUGUCUCUGCGUAGUCCCAAUCUUCAUGAGCAGGGAGUGUAUUGGACGAAAGACCACUGAAUGACAACGGUGACUUUGCCCGGUUGACAGGACGUCUUCGCCCAUGGGAUGAUGUCGAGCCUAGGCUAUUAAAGUAUGAGUCCUGUCCAGAAGACAUAGACAGGCCCUGCCGAAUUGUUGAUGAGAUCCCUGGUAUCUGGAGCAUAUCCUCCUCGUCCGUUGAUGUAUAAGAUGCCCCGUCUUGAUCCGCAAGUGAUAUUGGGUGAGUCGUUGUCUGUAAUGCUGUACCAUUCUGAGGAAGUACGGGUGCUGUCCCAAGUCCUCCGGGAAGAGGGGUGAAUCCAUUGACCAAGUUACGUUGAGCAUUGGCCGACGUCGCGUUCAAAUCCAACGACUCUAUUGAUGACGGGCUUUCCGUCUUUACAGCAUUAGGGUCGAGUCCGUAUGCAGCAGCAUGAGAAGUGUCAAUGCUCAACGGUCGGCUUUCCCUACGCUCGCGUUGUGCUCCUCGACCAAGCAGCGCCGCUUUCCUAAGUGAUCCUCUUCGUCUUCGAGUUCUUUGGUACUGUAUUACACUCGCCGACGGUCGUGCGGCCGGGCGAGGAGAAGCUGGAAUGGUAUUGUCGUCAAUCGCAUGUUCGGUUUGCUCGUGUCGUUUUUCGGGGGAUGUUCUUAAAAAGGGGAACUUGGAUAGUAUACUGGAAUUCGAGGGGGCUCGUCGGUGGGAUGAAGAUGGCGUAGGUGACGUAUCCCGUUUAUGAUGAGAUGUGUUUUCCAUCACGAGAGUCUAAAUGGAGUCGUCAAGCGAAGUAAUCGAGUUGAAUCGCUAUCGCAAGCUUCGAACGAGUGGAAAUCGAGGUGUUGACUUGGUAUUCAGAAGCGAGUGUGAUUUAUUCAUGGCAACAGUCGAAUGCCGCGAAUUGGCAUUAUUGGAGUAAGAGAGUUUGCUAUAGAACCACAUGAAGCUAAUGACGACUGUUUUGAGGCUUGUGUCCAUGUACGCCACACCAAACACAAGGGACUGAUCAACCCGCUAUACCGGACAUGGAUGGUGCUCUGUGGCUGUUGUAUAACCCCUGCAUCGUCCGGAGUACCCCUGAAAGAUCCUAAUUUACCCCCCAUCGGUCCGCCUCCACAACCUAAUGGCUAAGGUAAUGGAUAUCGCGACGUCAACGCAUUCCAACUCAUCAGGCUUCUUUUUCACGACUCGCGCCGUCGACGAAACCAGUUUUUGUGCAACCCAAACUUUGGGAAUAACCCCAUGACAUAAUUCUCAAGCCUCUAGUUCAGAAAUAGGGGGUUCUUCAGAUCAUCGUCAACCUAGACCGAAUCAAGAGGCGCGAUAUCCGAAAACAGCAGCAGACACAUGUCGGACUAUCAAGGUGCUUCUUCUUUUCAGAACCUUCGUCCGCCGAGUUUGGUCAUCCAGGGCGACAGCGACGACGAUUUCGAUAUCACCAAUCACGAAGCGUUUAUUGAUUUUGGUGGUGAUCAAGAUAACGACUCUAUCGCGGUGAAUCGACAACUCAAUCGCGAGGCUAUCGCUCAGAACUCGGCGACUUCGAAUCUCCUCAUUCCCUCUCCCGCGGCUGCGUCUUCGUCUUCCCUAUCGCUUCCAACAAUGGGUGGUGAAGAUGAAAAGGGGGACUCUGCUGCGUCCCCUGGAUUCAAGAACCCUUUCAACUUCCAGACGCAAGUUAUUUCUACAGGCCCUGUCAAGUCGAAUAUUGGACAACGUCGCGGUCACAGAUACAAGCACAGCAGUAUCUCCUCACAACAUCAAAUCUUCAAAGAGCCACCUCAGAGACCGCCUCCCGUUCUCCCCGCUUCUCUACCGAUCCCGACCGUUCGCGAAGCAUGGAAAAGCAUGACAAAAGACCAACGCAUCCAUUGUUACUGGAGCAUGUGCCAUCUUGCCGUGGCUACAUAUGUCUUCUUCCGUUCAGAGGGGUCUCUUGCUACAACAGCACUCUCGCAUCUCGUCUUCUUUGACGCUGGUAGUGCUGCUGUUUGUGUCAUGGUUGAUGUCCUUGGCAACUUUGAAGUUUGGCGACGUAGCAGCAUUCGGCACCCUUUUGGCCUCGAGAGGGCAGAGGUCCUUGCUGGGUUCGCUAUGUCUGUUUUCCUCCUUUUUGGAGGCUUUGACUUGAUCUCUCACACUCUCAAGCACUUCCUUGAGUCUCUUGGUAGCCACGAGGCUCAUCAUGAACAUGGUCAUGAAGGCCCAGAUGGCUCUGUCGAUCUCGUAUCUGCUGCUGCCAUGGUGAGCACGCUCGUCUCGGCAUAUGGUCUUCGAAACCAUGCCCGCAUUGCCAAACUCAUGCGUGUCUCGUACCUUGCUUCUCUUCCAAGUGUACUCUCAAACCCUUUCCACUUUCUCACCCUGUCCUUCUCCGCUGUCAUCGCUCUUCUUCCUCUGCUCUCUAUCUCACUCUACACAUGGCUUGACCGUCUCAUCUGCGUCGUCAUCGCCUUCGCCAUGUUUGCUCUUGGAAUGAGACUUGCUGUAGCUCAGGGUCUUAUGCUGCUGAUGUCUUACGGUGGCAGUGGAGGCAAUAACGGCGUCAGUGCCGUUCUGAGAGAGAUCGAGACCGAACCUAGCGUGGUGACUAUUGAUGAUGCUCAGUUCUGGCAAGUUCACUAUGGCCUCUGCAUGGCUAAUCUCAAGUUGAGUGUUGUCAAGGGCUACGAUGAAAUGUCGCUCAGCAAGCUACGGCAGCGCAUCUCAGCCUUGAUCCAGAACAGAUUGGGCGAGGGAUACGGCCACGGAGGCAGUAUCCGAUGGGAGGUAACACUACAAAUGACUACUGAAGGUAGUACAUAAGAGCAAGGAGUUUCCUGUCGUUGGGAUAAUAAUGAUAAAUUCUGUACAUGAUGAUUUACAACAGUCACAUAUAUCUAGCGAACAUAAAUAUAGCGUCAUGUUAGUUAUCGUUAUUUGAGUAGAUUGUACUAUUCAAUGUUAUUGAGGAGGGUAUCCUUGCGCGCAAUCAAGCACUUCUAUACACAUCCU